AGAUUUUUAUCCCGGUCACCUCAGGCUCAACUCAGCGAACUCGGACAACAACCAUGAUCUCGAUCGCACUUCAAGCUCGGCCUCUUCCCCGUUGCGGUUCGUGGCAAGCGGUAGCCCAAGGAUGUCGUCACCAGUCCUCUCGAUCGGCCGGCUCACUCUCUAGUGCUGUCGUGCAACCCAUGGCUCCGAUCUUCAACCGACGGGAGAAAAAGAAACUCAGGAAUGCUUUCCCUAGACCCGAUAAAUCUCCACAAGUCCUUCAUCCUACCCUCCCGCCAAGCUUCGUGAAUCGGGUCACGAUGGCCGAUGGGUCCUCAUUUUAUCUGACCACACGAUCACCUAGACCGACGAUCACACUCGCCCGAGAUGUCACGAAUCACCCGCUCUGGAAUCCAUCUUUAGCACGAGAAGUGGCCGACCAAGAUCAAUCCGGACGGAUGGGACGCUUUGCACGUCGAUACGGGGGUCCCAAAGCUGAUCUCACUACAUCUGACCCAUCCGAGUCGAUUCAAUCUCAAGCUAGCCCUCAAUCAUCCGCUCAGGACAAUGAUAAGCAAGCAGACCAACAACCUGAAUUGGCAAACCAGAGCCAGAGCGCACUCGAUAAACAUGGCUUCGGACUCGAUGAUCUUCAAUGGAUCUCCGGUGAAUCUAAUCAAUCUUUCUACGGUAUCGGGAAUGCUAAAAAUAUUAAAGGCUUGAAGAAAACUGGUCCUGGAUCUAAAAAAUAAUCUAACUAUACUCAUCCACCACUUAUACCAACUUGUUUCCUUCUGCUUCUUCUUCUUAUUCAAUUAUUGUUUUUUUAGUAGUUAAUGAGACAAAAGUACAUAAACUUGUUUGGUUUGAGAGGAAAGGCCAUGUCAAUUCUUUUAUCUUAGGAAGAAAAAU